UCAUUUCUCCACAUUGCCACAAAGACAGGAAUCCCCAUCAAUUAACAUCAGUCUGGAGAUGCUCUUAAUCUCUUAAUAAAACAAUAAUAUAUAAUUAAAGUGAAUUGACUAAAUUAAUGCAGGAUUGAUCAUGUAUACUAUACCUGCAUCCAGAAGUGGAACCAUCGCGAUUCCAGUUAAACUUAGAGAAUCACUAUCAUGCCUCAAUGUUGUAUGGUCCGAUAUGUUUGAAACAGUAGACAUUAACCCUGAAGAAGGAAGGAAGCAUGAGUCUGAUUUUCUUAAAGGAGCCCCGCCAAAGUGGCUUAAUUUAGCAGAGGAAGAAAACUCUCCUUUAGUCGAGAGAGACGGCUUUAAUGAUUUAUUACAGUUAAUUAAGAGAAAAAGAAGAAAACGCUGUCUCAUCACUGAUAUUUCUUUGCGAUACCAGCCCGGCAGUGGAGGCUCAACUCUCUCCAUGCAGGUGCUUUGGCAUUUCCGGAAAGAUCUCAGAUGUGCCAAAGUGAUCGAUUCAGAUCUAGACACCAAAGAGCUGUCGAAACAAGUGCUGGACCUCUUUCUGCUGUCUAAUGAACAACAUGCUGAACAAGAUCGGAAAACUGUGCUGCUGUUACUGGACACCAAGACAAAGCUGGACAAUGAUCUCAGAGAAAACCUGAUCGAGGAAAUCCAUAAGAGGUGCAUCAACACAGACUCUCCAGUCGUGAUCAUUUUAAACUGCAAGACUACAGACUUUACUCUCACCGACACACUGAUUCUCAACAAAAUGCCCUCUGAAGAGCAAAUUAGACAAUUUAGGGAAAAACUUAUACAACAGAUCCGACUACAGAGAAAAGGCCAAAGGAGAGUCGCAACCAUAAAUCUGUUGUACCACGAAGCCAGCGGUGGAUUAACACUAGAAGUACUCUCAGAAGUACUGAGAGACUUGAGAGAAGAGUUCACAUGUCAAACCCUGACAAAAUCAUUCAAAACAGUGAUAACAAAGGAGAAAAGCUACUAUGCUACUUAUUAAAGAGUCUGUUAAAGCUAAAGCGUGCCGAUCAAACCAACCAUCCUGCAUUCAUCAUUAUCAAUGCUUAUCAGAAAAAUGUUGUUCGAGUGCCAGGCGACGUGAAGCUGAAAAUGGAGCUCUUACCAGAGGAGAAGGACAGGUUUGCUCAGAAAAAGCUUCAGCUGGAAAGUAAACAUAAGGAAAUGUCACAGACGUUUCAUGCCUUUAACAUCAUGCAGGGAGGUUUCCAGAAAGAAGAUGCAGAGAAACUGAUCACAGAAGAAAUGGUGAAACAUAUUGAAAAAGACACGAAGUCAAGCAGCACAAGACUUCUCAGUUUUCUGGCUUUGAUAAACUCAUAUGUCCCAGGUUCACACUUGUUGAAGAUUUUCUGUGAGGAUUUCAUUAAAGAAGAAGAAUGGUCCACUGAUGGAGAAAACCUUUUGCUGGAAACGAUAAUGAAGCCUUUUGAGGGUCUCAUAGUAACGUACUCGGAAGGAGAAAAAGAAGACCAAUGCAUUCGUCUGGCACAUCCAAUGAUUGCUGAUGCCUGUCUAAAAAUAUUCACUGAGCACAAACUGACAAGAUAUGAUAUCGCUCUUGACUUCUUGAACAGCAUGGUGAAAGGAAACGAGAGUAAUUAUGAGAAAAUUUGCAAGAGCAUGUUCAUCACAAGGCCUGAGGGUCUGAUGGAAAAGGAAAAGUUUUCCAGACUUAUUCUUGACAUCAUGCAUGAACGUGAAAAUAAUACUGAGCAAUGCAUUUGUUUGUUGGAGUUGCUUUCAGAUUUGUUCUGCACAGACCCUUUUUAUCCUCAAGUUCUUGCACGUUUUUAUUACAUUAAGGUGCAAGAGGAAAACAAAUAUGUUGAGGCAGAACACUGGGCAAAAAUGGCAAUUGAAAGAGACCCUCAAAAUUCACAUUUAAGGGAUACUUUGGGACAAAUUCACAAAAACAACCUGCGGAAAAUCUGGAUUGAAGCUGGAGAAACAUGCACAGAUGUAGAGAACGUUUUGGCCAUUGCACAGUCUGCCAUUGAUGCAUUUAAAGAUGUAGAGGAAGUUGCUGAAAAGGAGUCUGAAGAUGACACUGGAUUCAAUAACAGGGGUCUAUUUGGGUUCCUCCAGGUUUGCAAGAUCAUACAUUCAAGCCCUUUUCAACACUUUGAACAACAACACAGUGAUUUCAUCAGUCGUCUCAAAGGAGAUGUUGAGUCUAGAUAUGAUUUCUUUGAAUGGUAUCUGGCUUUCUCAAGACUAAGCCUCAAUAAAGAGGAACCGGACUACUUUCAUGAAGAUGUUGACGAGUGCUACAGGAAAUAUUUUAAACCGAGAGAGCAGACUGAUGUAAUGACCCUGAAUGAGAAAAAGAUGAAGUCUUUCGGGGGACUGCUUCAUUUCCUAAAAUCAGACAUCAAUGUGCUUAAAGAACAUCAGAGUGCACUUAAAAAUCCAAAAUCUGAUGAUGAAACCCAAACCGUUCUCUACAUCCUUGCUAACAUCAUCUUGAAUCAAUCGGGUGAUCCGUGUGAAAAAGCAGAAGAUCUUCAGGCGAGGUUACAGAGACUUUGGCUGAGAGAAAUGCAAGACAGAAGACAAGAGUUUAACCUCUUGAUUCUUUUGCUCUUUUGGGCUGAUGAAGCACCGCCAGGAAUCACAAACCCUCCAAACCUUGAAAAGUGUCUCAAAAAAAUGCAUCAUUUAUACAAGAGUAAGUAUCAGAAAUACCUCCGCGGUCGCUACCUGGUGCCUCUGUUCUUCUUUGGGAAAGGAAAAGGUUUGGAGAGACUGGUUCACACCUCAAAACUAAAUCAAACUGCUCUGGAGCUCCUCACUGAAGGGGAUGAAAGUGUAAAGAUCAAAGAUCUUCCACGUGUCAAUGGGCAGGUCAGAGGUCAUAGAGUGUUUGCUAUUAGAAGAGAAAAACAGAUUAAACUCACUCCUCACGAUCCGUCCAGUGUGUGCAAACCAGGCCUGGUGUCUUUCUACCUGGGCUUCACCAUCAGAGGACCAGUCGCCUACAACAUCAGAUAUGAAGAGAAAUCUUUCAGGGGCGCAUGUUAUAUGAAGACACACAGAAUGAAAACAACCUAAAUGAUAUUUCAC